ACGUUUAUCCGGGCUAGUCUUGGUAAGAUUCAAGAACACUAGAGAACACUAGAGAGAGUGAAGAAAGACUACAAGGUUACACCGGUUACACCCGUACGGGCGUGCGUCCAUUGGACUUAACCGGCAAGAUGAAUCCGUUGACCAAUAUCAAGAAUGUGAUCAAAAUGAACGAUCGGGAAUUGGAGAUGGGCCUGGCCGGGACCAAGAACUCUUGGCAUAUGCAGUAUCGAGACUCGGCCUGGAUCUUCUUGGGUGGAUUGCCUUACGAGCUGACCGAAGGCGAUCUGCUGAGCGUGUUCUCCCAAUACGGCGAAAUCGUUCACAUCAAUUUGAUCCGAGACCAUCAGACGGGAAAUAGCAAAGGAUUCGGAUUUAUUUGCUUCAUGGAUCAACGCUCGACUAUUUUGACGGUGGACAACUUGAACGGUAUCAAAUUGUGCGGUCGAACCAUUCGGGUGGACCACGUCCAAACCUACAAACUGCCCAAGGACCUCGAGAAGCUAGAUGCGGACAAGAAGAAACUCUUUCUAGAAGGAUGCGCGCCACAACCUUUGCCCCAAUCAGAAGCAUCCUCAUCUGAGGAGGAAGACGAGCCAGAGGAGAAAAGACGAACCAAGAAGAAAAGUCAAAAGGAGAAGAAAAGCCGGAAGAAGAACAAGAAGAAGAAGAAAAAGAAGAAGAAACUCCGAGACUCGUCCUCGGAAUCGUCUAGCUCGGAUAGUGACGGUUCGGAAACGCUUCCGAAACGCCCAGAAAGAGACAGUGGUAGGGACGCGCUUUCGCGAUCACCUCGGCAAAAUAAGCUGCGAUCUGGAGAUGACAAAAGGCGCCGAUCUCGAGAUCGAAAUGACGAUCGGCGACGACGAUCCAGAUCCAGAGAUCGUUCCAGAGAUCGAGUCCGUGAACCCUCACGAAAUCAAGAGAGACGCAGAUGUGAUCCUGAUUCGAGUAGUUCAAAACGGCGAAAUGAUUACCGAAGAUGACAAUAAAACGAUAUUCGUGAGGGAACUUUUAAUUUCUUGGAUAUAUGUAAUGCCACCAGAAAAAUGAUGAUACAUCAUAAAUAAUAUGUGUAUUUUCGAGAGGGGUGAAAACCAAAUACAAAACAAUCUUGACACGGUGGAGUGCGAGAGUUAGUUAGUGAACACGGGUUGCCUUUACGUUAAGCCCCCGAAAUAAAGAUUUGCUACCUUUUUGGGUGACACGGAGAGUUAAGCUUGAAUAAAA